CUUCGACCACGAAAUCUGAUUGCUGUCAGAUUCAAGGCUCAGUAGUGCCGGGGAUUACCUACGAAUUUUCAAUUACCCUGAAAGAAUAAUUUUCACGUGUCUCUGACACAUCGUCGAUACCCCGUACUUCGCGUAACAACCGCAAUGACAUCGGAGAAAAAUUGUGUUCCAUAUUCGCAGAGCGGUGACAAGGAUCAGGAUGAGAAACUUCUCCAGCCAUUCACGUACCUACUCCAAGUACCGGGUAAGCAGAUACGUGCGAAACUGGCGCAUGCCAUGAAUUAUUGGUUAAAAAUACCGUUUGAGAAGCUCCAGGCUGUCGGCGAUAUAACGCAGAUGCUGCACAAUUCCAGUUUACUACUAGACGAUAUUCAAGACAACUCGAUUUUGCGGCGAGGGAUUCCCGUGGCUCACUCGAUCUUCGGUGUUGCUAGUACAAUUAAUGCGGCUAAUUACGUUUUAUUCAUAGCACUCGAGAAAGUGCAAGCUCUCAAUCACCCUGAGGCAACUCAAGUCUAUACAGAACAGUUGCUGGAGUUGCACAGAGGACAGGGCAUCGAAAUUUACUGGCGGGACAACUACAUAUGCCCGUCUGAGGCUGAGUACAGACAUAUGACGAUGAAAAAAACUGGAGGUUUAUUCAAUCUGGCUGUGAGGCUUAUGCAGUUAUUUUCAGAUUGCAAGCAGGAUUUUUCCAUGCUGGCUGGAAUUCUAGGGCUCUAUUUUCAGAUCAGGGACGAUUACUGUAAUCUCUGCAUGCAGGAGUAUUGCGAGAAUAAAAGCUACUGCGAAGAUCUAUCAGAAGGGAAAUUCAGUUUUCCGAUAAUCCACGCUAUUCACAGUAAACCAGAGGACAGACAAGUUAUGAAUAUACUGCGCCAAAGAACAAAAGACGUGGAGGUGAAGAAAUACUGCGUAACACUUCUUGAAAAAUUCGGCUCAUUCGCAUACACGAGAACUGUCCUCGAGGAGUUGGACAGAAAAGCGCGUGACGAAGUGGAGAGAUUGGGUGGAAAUCCACUGUUACUUAAAGUACUCGAUGGUUUACUUAAUUGGCCACAGAGUACUGAAGUCGAAAUGCAACAGGUGGAGUCGUAAAAUAUUUUAUUGCCUCAUUAAAAAACGAGAUAAAGCGGGAUAACAAAGGACGAAAUAAGUUAUCUAGUACUUAUUAAAUGAAUUUCGAGGAGAUGGGAUGCCAUUUAGGGACACACAUUGUUGGAAAAAAUUGGAAUUCCGUGGACAGUUGACUAGCAAUUAUCAAUGAAGUUCAAGGGAUGUUGGAGAAAUAAUUACAGCGUUGAUCCAAUUGUCGUAAGUGAAGACGUUUCGCUAAUUAUUUAGCUUCAUCAGGCUCUGGAAAGAUCGAAUACAAACAAAUGUUAAAAGGCCACAGGUAGACAAAACUGAAGUGUCACAACGUAAGGAACAAGUUCUCGCCAGUUCUUAAUAUCUGAAUAGGCGAAAAAUAUUCAGAUCCUAUCCCUGUAUUUACUUUUCAACUCUACUCAUACGGAAUAGGUUCUAAUGACUAUGAAUUUUUCCGUCAAUAUUAUAAGAAUUACAUGUAUAUUCCAUUCUAUUAUUUUUCACUGAAGAUUUCCAAAAAUCCUGUACUUUGCAGAGUAAUAUUUCAUUUUCUCAAAUCACAAAAAUUAUGAAAUUGCCAAUUUAUCGUCAACGGUCAUAAUUAGACGCCAAAUGGAAUUUGAAAAUUACUUAUUUGAAUAUUUCACAAUGUGAAAACCCGCGUCCAGUAGAGGGUUUGAUUUUCCUCCACUCCUUUAUUUUUUUCUAUUCUGUCUUUCCAGAGGCUGAUGAAACUAAGAUAAAUGGCGAAACGUCGCACUUACGACAAUUUCAUCAAUGUUAUAAUUAUUUCUCCAACAUCCCUUGAAAUUUAUUGAUAGUUAUUGGCAUCAUGGAGAUGAACAGUUUCAUUGGUUGAAUAGUAAUUUUCAGAGGAGUAACAUUAAAUUCGAUUUAGGGGAGGAAAAAUCAUGAAAUUUCAAGUUUCACUGGAAAUUCUAUUGCAUUUCUAAUUACCCUGCUCACACAUUUGACAUAACAGAUGUGUAAAGCUAAACGUGCGGAAAUUAUGGAGAAAUAUUGUCUAGAUGUCUGAUGAUAAUUAAUUGAAAAUCAGGUGUUUUCACGACAAAUUUUUCAGUCAUGACGUCAUAAAAACGUCAGGUAACGCUUCAUUGGUCGAGGGUGAAGAGAGUGGGGAGUUGUCCUCCAUUGGCCGAGGCGCACCAAGGUCGGCUCGAGCCAUUCUGUGAUUGGUCCAGCGCUCGACCGUCCCUGUGACGUCAUUAGCGGCUUCAAAACGUUUGAAAUCUUCGACUUUCAACAAUUAAUCAGUAAUUAAUGAGCAAUGUUUUGAAGGUUUGUGAAUGAGAAAUGAUUUAUUUCGAUCCCAAACUUGAGAUUAGAUUAGAAAAUUGAAAAAAAUUCAUGUAAGUUCCCUAU